UGCGCAGGAGCAUUAAAGGGGGAAAGGGGUUGGUAUGUUCCAGUAGGCACCUAACCAACAACUGAUGAAUUGCGUUGGUUCCUGGGAUUAGAGCCCCUUACAUAACGUGUAGUAUGCCACAAGCAAACUGCAUAGUGAGUCUACAUAAACUUCCGGUCUUUGUCUGGUUUGGCGAGGACGUAGUAAGUCCCUACCUAUAUUCAUACUCCUUGUCUCCCGUCAAUCAUUCCAAGUUUCCAUUUUGCAGAGCUCCCGGAGUAUUAAGAUUGUUUCACAUCUAUACCACAUACUAUAUCUUAAAUUGUUCGCGGUUAUGAAGGACUCUCAGAUCCUUGAGCUCAGCGUUCGUAUUGCAACUAAUACGGCUAGAGUUAAUGACUACUUGUCCGCCAACAACCUGCCGCAACCCUCCUUUGAUGUGAACGCACCCUUGCAAUUUGUUAUCUCCCCUAGCGAGCCCGAGGUCGCGGCAGCGCACCAAGCCGUGCUCCAUGACUGCCGAGAGCUUCGUGACUUGAUGCUCGGGCCCCGCGAGUAUCUGACGAGCUUCCAGCAUAAUGAACUAAUAGGUCAGCAAGUUGUCACGCGCUUCAAAUUAGCAGAUGCUGUCCCGAUCGGUGGGGAAAUUACUUUCGCAGAGCUCGCCGCCACCACUGGUCUUCAUGAAGUCCACCUUCGUAAGAUACUCCGUCUUGCGAUUGCUCAGCAUAUUUUCACCGAGCCACGUCCCGGUGUCGUGGCCCACUCAGCAGCAUCCCGUCUCAUCGCUGAAAACAAAGUGCUUGCCGAUUGGCUGCGAUACAGCUCCGAUGACCUUUGGCAUGCGGCGUACCACAUGAGCGAUGCCAUGGCAAAAUAUCCCGGUUCGGAGGAGCCCGGCGAGACGGCUUUCGCUCUGUCUAAUAAAACAGAUAAAGACAUGUUCCGGUUCUUCGCGGAGAACCCGGAGCGGUCGCUGCGAUUCGCAGCCGCCAUGCGCUUCUUUACCCAGCGACCAGGUUUAGAACCAGAGCGUGUUGUAAAUGGCUACCCCUGGGAGAAGAUCGGCGGAGAUGGUUCCGGAACCGUCGUAGAUGUGGGAGGCUCUCACGGUAAAAUUAGCAUCGCGCUAGCUCGCCGGUUUCCGUCGCUCAACUUUAUCGUGCAAGAUUUAGACGAGCCCGUAGUCCGAGACGCCGAACGUCAGCGACCGGAGGAGGUUGCCAACCGCGUGCGCUACAUGGUCCAUGAUUUCUUCACGGAGCAGCCGGUUAAAGGUGCGGACGUGUACUUCUUCCGGGCCGUUCUGCAUAACUGGUCAGACACGUAUGCUACAAAAAUCUUGCAAGCCCUUAUCCCUGCGCUGAAACCCGGGGCAAAGAUCAUACUGAACGAACCUGUGGUCCCAGAACCUGAUAAGAUUCCCGCGGGAAACGCCGCUCGUGUGCGAGCUAAUGACCUCGUUAUGCUUGAACUUUUUAACGGUGGAGAUAGGGAGAUGGCUGCUUUUAAAGAGCUUUUCGCCAAAGCGCAUCACGGGUUCCAGUUCCAUGGCGCAAGUCAGCCUCCAGGGUCUAACAUGUGGAUACUGGAGGCUGAAUGGAUGGGAGAAUAAUAUAAUAAACAUGAGCGUCAAAACUCGAGAAAGACAGGGGCCCUUAAGUAGUAAUUGGACCGGAAUGCAUGUGAUAGAGCUUCACACAUCUCUAUACACUAGAAGCUAAAGAUAGCUUGCCACAUACAGGUACCUACCUACCUAGUACCCUGACAAUGGGAGAGGUUGUCCAUGACCUAUUCUAGUGCUCGCCUUUAACGCGUAAGCUGAUCUUGAG